AUGGACCGGCUGGGAUGGCCUGAUGCGCAUUUUGUGGGGUACUCGUUUGGAGGGUCGACGACAGUGUCGUUCACGGCUCGGCACAGCGAGCGUGUUACAUCGAUAGUGCUAGUUGCACCGGCGGGGUUGGUUCAUGCGGCGCAGUUGGGAGAAUUGCAGAGGAGGUAUAUGGCGGGUGGGGAGGGAUUGGAGGAGCAGGCGCGGGACUGGGUGUUUGAGUGGCUGGAGGGAGGUAAAUUGGUUGUUCCUGUGGAUUGGAAGGAAAGAGUUGAGAGGGGGGAAGUUGUUGCGGAGGCAGUGCGGGAUUGGGAGGUUAGAGAGCAUCGCGGCCAUGUAGCCAGCGUGGUGGGGAUUGUUCGGGAUGGGGGUGUGUUUGAUCGAGAUGCAGAGUUUGCUGUGGCGGCGAAGAAGGGAAUCCCGAAUCUGUGUAUUCUGGGAGAGUUGGAUGAUUUGUGUAGUGUGCAGGAUUUAGCUACGGUUGGGAUGCAGAAUGUUUCUAUUAUUCCGCAGGUCGGACAUGGUGUGGUAAGAGAGAAGGCGCUAGAUGUUGCUUGCCUCAUCGAGAAUUUCUGGAAUGCAUUAUAG